GCCAGCAGAAUGAAUGAUGCUGCCCACGCGCAUGCAGGUGGCCGUCCGGUUGCGUCCCCGUCUCACGUCCGAGUCGCACGAAGCCGAAGCCGUGCUGGCGACGUCGAGCCACCGCGUGCAGCUACUGACCACGCCCCGCGCCAGGCGCCCCGUAUCCUACAAGUUCGACCAUGUAUUCACCCCCCACGAUUCGAACCAAGCCGUGUUCGACGCGUUCUUGGCCCCGCUGGUCCUGUCGGUUUUAGAGGGCACCCACGCCACGGUACUCGCGUAUGGUCAAACGGGCACCGGGAAGACGUUUACAAUGCUGGGGCGGGACCUCUGGGGACUCUGCGCUGGCGUCGACAAGGCCAAUACCAACGACGCAUACUGGCUGGCCGACGACGAGCCCACGCAGCGGGGGCUCAUGUAUUUGGUGGCAGACGCCCUGCUGGCGUCGAGGCGCGGCCCCGUCACGUGUUCGUACUUGGAAUUGUACAAUGAAAAAGUGUACGACUUGACCCAAGGCGAUGCAAACGAAUCGGGCGAUAAGGUCCCUUUGGAUUUACGGGAAGACGCGGUGCAUGGCGUGUUUCUACCCGACUUGCGCGUGCUCCCCCUACAUUCUUUACAAACGUUAACGGACAUUCUGUGGACUGGGGCGCAGACCCGCGCGAGUCGUGCGACCAACAUGAACGAACGCAGCAGUCGAAGUCACACCAUCCUGCAGCUCCACGUGGACACGACAGACGGGACCACAGCCACCAUGAACCUCGUCGACUUGGCCGGGUCAGAAAAGUGCAAAAAGCAUAUCUCCACACCUCGCCACCACACUAGCCAAGACAUGAAGGAGCUCAAGUUUAUCAAUCAGAGCUUGUCCACAUUGGCGCAAUGCAUCUCGGCCUUGAUUCGGCGGGAUCGAAUUCCCCACCACCAGUGGUCACCCACAGCCAUACCAAACUCCUCAGUGCACAUUCCGUACCGCAACAGCAAACUCACGAGGUUACUACAGGCCAGUUUAGGCGGCGGCGGGCUGUGUGCGUUUAUCGUGACGUUGAAUCCGUGCAAAAGCAGCGCCCAAGAAACGCUCUCGACAUUGCAGUUUGCCUCCCGGGCUAUGAAAGUCACUUGCGAACCCUGUGCGGACCCAAAGCUGGUUACGAACCAACGAGACCCGAAACAACCAGACGACGGGGCCAUCGUGGCGGCGCUGCGGACAGAGGUUCAAGCAUUGCGACAGGCGCUGGCCUCGGAGCGAUUGCAGAAACGCACGUUGCUGUUUGGGUUUACGUCGUUGCUGAACGGAGACGCCCAUGCCAAGGCCGCGACAUCAUCGCAUGGCGAUGAGAAAUUAGCCCACGAUUUGUGGGGCAAACUGUGUGACCUGGAACAUGCGAUGGAGUCGCAGCUGCACGAUGUUCGAGCCUCGAAACUAGCGCUUUCAACAACGGCGAAACACGAGCCCCAGCCCACGAUUGAUCACUUGGACGUGUCUGGACAUCCCGAGGAUGAAGUAGGUAGCUCCGACACCACUACGACGACUACCUGCUGGGAUGAAUACGUGGACGCUGCGACGGGGUUCAAAUAUUUCCACAAUGCCGCUACUGGGGUGACGACGUGGACCAAGCCUCCCGAGCUCCUCCGGCUAGCAAAUGCAGAACCCACUUCGUCCAAAUAACAUAAAAAUCCGCAUGGUAUUAUUGUCGA